AUGGAUCACAAACGCAAGGCUAGCUCGUCCGCUGGCAUCGCGGAUGGCGAUGAUCGAGCCAUGAAGCGCCAGAAAACACCAGGGCAACCGUCCGAUUACAACCUCCUGCAUGGCGAAACCCGCGAGUCCACAUCCGCUUACGGUUUACACUUUCUCGAGACAAUCCGAAGGACUAAAGACAAGAGCGGUCGGCUAGUUGCAAGCUACUUCGACCAUCUUAUCCCCCGAGAGACGAAUAAGGAAUACUAUGAGCGCAUUCGCAUGCCCAUCUCGCUGAAAGGAAUCGAGCGGAAGCUCCUGAACCAGGAUUUCCAGAAUCUUUCGGAACUAGAGAGUUAUUUCAAGCGCAUGGUGACCAAUGCCAAGGAGUUCUACCCCAAGAACUCCGAGGUGUUCGAAGAUGCCGAGCGCGUGCGGAAAGCACUGAGCAACUACAUGACCAAGACCAACCCCGCGUACAAACUCAUUUCCGGGUACAGUUGCCAGGCCACGCCAAUUCCUGUCGACCUGGAGUUCGAAUCCGAAGACGCUUCCGCGUACAGGGCCACGGUGGAAGCCCCGGAGGUCGAUGACGAAGACGCGGAAGGCGAGGAUGAUGAGCAAGACGAUGAAGACGCCGAGGGCGAGGAGGACGAAGAUGACGAGGAGGAGGAGGAGGAGGACGGGAACCCCACAAAGAUCGUUCUCAAGAGGAAAGGCCCCGGUAGACCCUCCAGGGCCGAGUCGGAGCAAGCGAAGAAGCUCGACAGGAGCGGCCGGGUGAAGGCGGACCACGAGUACGAGGGCGUGUCAUACAAGGGACUCUCGUUUCAGCAAGCCCAGGAGAAGGUUGUUGAGGAGCUAAUCCGAAAACCGGACGGGUCGGACCCGUACUUUUUGGAUUUCAUCAACCUGCCGCCGCGCAGCUACAAGGAUUAUUUUGCCGUCAUCACAUCACCUCUCUCCCUGAAGGGGUUGCAGAAGCUCGUCAAAGGGAUCCACGGUCGUCAGCCCGCGACUGGUGUCAGCGACUUCAAGAACUGGGCAGCAUUCGAAGAGAGGGCGAGUCUGCUCUGGACCAAUGCCCAUUUUUACAAUGAGGAGGGGAGCCUCAUCCACACGCUUGCCACGGACCUCAAGAAAUGCUUUGCAGAUGAGCUCACCGAGGCAAAGGCGGCCGUGCAGGAACCUCCGCAACCGAAGAUCAAGUUGAAAAUGACACCCGGUCAAGAGACGCCCAUUGUUGGCCCUAAGAAAAUCACCAUCCAUGUCGGAGGAUCCAGGGGUAGCACAACAGCCUCGCCUGCACCCCAAACCGCUCGUUCAAGCGAUUCAAGCCGUCCCGACGUCAAUAUGGACGCCAACCGCAACGCUCCAUCCACCCCCGCAAACACCACCGCUGCCAGUUUUCAAGUCGACAACACCAGAGUUCUACCAGCCGCCGUGGCAUCCCCGCGUCCCGCUGCUGGCGUGAUGGCUCCGGCGGUUGGAGCUCAACAGCCCCCGGUGGGCUUUCCACGACCAAACGGCAAUGUUCCAAGCCCAAUGCCGGUCGCAAAUGGAAUGACAGCGCCUGCUCAGCCCUUUCGGCCACCCCCGGGCCAACAGUUGCAAAACGCGCCUCCACACCCAAUACCAGCACCCGCACCGGCGCCGCCCAUCUACGACUUCAAGUUUCGUGCUCCUGGCAGAGGUUACGCCGACGCGCUAUUACCGAGUGUUCUGCUGCGGACACACCCUAGUAUGGUUAUGGACCAGAUGUUCAGAGUCGAGAUCCCGGCACACCCGCAAGAAGCACACCAGAAUAUCACGAUGCAUGUCGGCAGCCACAGUCGACUGCAGCUCAUCCCUCGCUUAGCACCGUUUGAGCAACAGGGCCGGCAGUACCGUAUGUUCGUGACGGUCAAUGGCCAGACCAUUGGUCGAGCGCCUCCGCUCCCCGUCAAGGACGACCCGUUGCCUCCGAACCCGAUCGUCUUUGAUGUGAUCGUGCAGCACAUUACCACCAUUGUCGCCGUCACCGUCAUUGCUCGCCUGCCGAAGGGGCAGAAGCUGGCGACUGGUGCGGACUGCGAAGUGGAGAAGCUCACCCUAAAUUUGCACAUGUCCCGGAGUUCAUGA